CACACCUGUCUGGUUUUAGCGCAGCUCCACACCAGCAGAUGGGACAGGAAAUAUGAAGACGAGCUGAAGCAGCGCAGAAAUGCCAAUCGCUGUCAUAAUCAUCUGGCUUUUAAUGAACACCUUCCUUCAGACAGGUCAGCUGGCUGUGGUAGAAACAGAGGAGACUGUGUGGGCAGCAGUGGGAGGCCAAGCCUCUCUAAGCUGCCAGCUCUCUGGAGAUGAAGAAGUCCUCCAGAUCACCUGGCAGGAAGUCCUCCCUGGUGGAGAGAUGUCCCUCGCCACCUACACCAAGAAAUUUGGUCCCAAAGUGAGACCUGGUCUGGAGAAGAAGAUGGAUUUUCAGUAUAAAGAUCUGCAGAGCUGCUCCAUGGUGAUCAGGAAGGUGACGGAGCAGGAUGAAGGCUGCUAUCAGUGUUUGUUUAAAACCUAUUCUCUAGGAGUCCUGAUAGGCAGGAUCUGCCUCAGACUCUCUGAGCUGCAUGGACCCGUCCUUGAUGUCAGCAGAUCAAGCUCUCCUGCAGGGUCAGUUGUGUCCUGUUCAGCCACAGGUCGACCUGCUCCCACUGUAACACUGACUGCUCCACAGCAGAACCUCAGCUUGUCCCUCUACAACACCACCAGGGUGAGCAACAGCAACGGUACCGUCACCGUCACCACCACAGCUCUGCUGUCAGCUUCCAGCAGCACACAGGUUGGAUGUUCAGUGUCAGUUCUCUCUGCUGCUCCCAGAGAGCUGCUGCUCACCGUUCCUGGACCCUCAGAGAGAUCUGAUCAUGGUCUGGAUGUAGAAUCUGGUUCAACUUACAGAGCUGUUGCACGGUGUUUGAUUGGACUGGUGGUGAUGUUCUGUGUUGUUGCUGCUGCUUUCAUCUGUGUACCGGUCAGGAAAAAGGCUGAGAACAGGAAACCCAGAAGAUUGGAUGAAGUCAAGGACUUGCAGCAAUCACUUCUUGUGGAUAAGCUUGUUGUGACAUCGGACAGUUGCUUGGACAGUGGCAGUGAUUUUGCAGCAAUCCCUCAUACCAAGCAUGUAUUCAGCAACAAUGGAGAGGAAAACUCUCUUUUAACAAGAAGAAACCUUCAGCAGAAAACACGCAUGGGGUAUGAAAAUGCAAUGGACCAAACUCAAGUUAAGAAAGGCGGGACAGAGAGACUCGCAGGAACGACUGGUUUAAUAAGUGAUGUGAUUAUUAUUAGAGAAGAGUGAUCAAUAACCUUUUUGACAAAUGUCUCUUAAUGGAGUCAGCUAACCAUCACAGCGGCUGAUUGGUGAUGGACUCCCAAGAUGGUGAACGAAUAGACAGACGACGAUAUAACGUCACAUCUGCCGUUAGCGACUCAGGUUAAACAGCAAAAACAACAUUAGCUGUGUUGAUUUUGUUUUAGAAACCCCUAUAAGUCCCACAAGAACCAAUAAUGAAAAAAUAUUAACAUGUUCCAGGCUGUUUCUGUGUGGAGUGUUGCAUAAAAUUAGAAGGAUUUGCUCCCAUAAAUCAGUGUCUAGCCAGAAAACAUGAAUGCUGUUUUAUCAUAAACAUGUUUAACCCCCCAGUUCAGUUUAAACUGAUACUAAAUAAUUUGAUAUUUCAAGUUUUUGAUUUGCUCAUGCAAACUGCCAUCAGAUUUAUUAAAAAAAUGUAUCA